AGCUAACAGAAUUAUUUACGUAUAUCUGGAGUAACUGUGCUUAAUAAUUGGCAACACUGAGAUAUCUUGGCGAGAGACUAGCCAAAUCGAUCGGCAACGAUGUCAAGUAUUUCGUGAAAAGCAAAAGACAAGCAUGUUCGCGUUUGAGCUUUGCUAGAAACCGUGUCGUUGAACGUAGUCGAUUGUCGUGUUUGAAAGCGUAUGAAGGUUUUCGAGAGGCGAGCGAAACAGUGAAAUUGUUUAACGAGCGCAAGUUACAAAAUAUUCUUGCAUGAAACGUGUCAAUGAUACUGUUACGAAUGACGACACAGAAUUACGUUUAUUUUGUAGUGGAUAUUGCAAAGGAGAUAUAGUGCAACGAAUAAGAUAUAAUAUAAGAAAGAAUGAUAGUGAAAGAUGGAUCUCAUAUAUCCGCAGUUUUCAGUGAGACUACGAACAAUGCGCUUCAGAUGCGUCAUUCGCGUGUUCAACGUUUAGGAGACAAAGAAAAUUAAUAUAGGGGAGAUUCGACCGACCUAAGUUUCUUUCUUAUAUCUUGGACUAGAGUAGAUCUCUAGCAAACUCUUGUCGCUAGAGAAUUUUAUCAAAGGAAAAUUUUAAAAAUGAGUUUGCUGUACAAAUAGAGCUUGAUGGAAGAAAAGAAAUUAAUUUUGUGAAAUUCAAUGAUAAUAAUUGAAAUUUUUCACCAGUGAAAAUGUUGUGAUUUGUGGGAAACGAAAAAUUGUCGUCCAGUAGCGACCGAUUAUUUGAUUAGUAGAUGUUCCAGUCUAAAUGAUUAAUAACGUUAAAAAAUGACAUUUAGAGUGUGUGCAUCGGACAUGUGUGCAGUCUGCGCAUUCGUCGUUUUUGAAACACUGAAAGCCUCAGUAGCCUAUCUCUGGAUCAUUUUAUUUCCGAGGACUAGCUUCAAAGCCGCAUUCAUAUUCCUCUCUGCCUACUUUUUUUCUGUGCUUUGGAAUUUCAGAUAUUUUUCUGCGUGAAAAGAUGAAAAAGAUGUGGUGUGUACUAGUCGACGCUUGAUUGGUCGAUACUGGACGACAAAUACGUGGAAACGUUUUAUAUUAUAAUGUAUAUAACCUAGAAAUAAGAUCGCAAAAUUGCGACUAGUAAUUACACUUAAUAGGUUAGAUAUAAUAAACAUAAUGAACAAUAAACAAAAUAUCAGAUUUGGAAAAUAAUUUUUAACACUCGGAAUAUCAACAUGUACAUUUAAAGUGUCAGAAUAGCGAAAAUACUUAAAUAAACAAUAUGACUCAUUAUAUGUUACACAGAAUUGUUAUAUUCAUCACUUCAUUCAAAUAAAGUGCUAAUAUCACGUGAAAAAAGCCAGAACUAAUUUUGGUCGGUGCUGUACUCCUUUGAUAUGAUAUAAGAUUAAAAAAAGCAAGACAUAUUCGUUCAUUUUAUUUCUUUAUGUAAAUAAAUAUUCAUUCUUCGUUCAGAUACUCAUUCGAAAAUAAAGUUCUUUGAGACUCGUCACGAAGAACAGGCGCUAUUUUGUGUUACGACGAGUAUACUCGUCAUAAAGAAACGGCGCUAUUUUGUGUUACGAUGAGUAUACUCGUUACGAAGAAACGGCACUAUUUUGCGCUACGACGAGUACGCUCGUCAUGAAGAAACGGCACUAUUUUGCGUUACGACGAGUAUACUCGUCACGGAGAAACGGCACUAUUUUAUGCUACGACGAAUACACUCGUCACAAAGAAACGGCACUAUUUUAUGUUACGACGAGUAUACUCGUCACGAAGAAAUGGCACUAUCUUGUGUUACGACGAGUAUACUCGUCACGAAGAAACGGCACUAUUUUGCGCUACGACGAGUACGCUCGUCACGAAGAAACGGCACUAUUUUGUGUUACGACGAGUAUACUCGUCACAAAGAAACGGCACUAUUUUAUGCUAAGACGAGUACACUCGUCACAAAGAAACGGCACUAUUUUAUGCUACGACGAGUACACUCGUCACAAAGAAACGGCACUAUCUUGUGUUACGACGAGUAUACUCGUCACAAAGAAACGGCACUAUUUUAUGCUACGACGAGUACACUCGUCACAAAUAAACGGCACUAUCUUGUGUUACGACGAGUAUACUCGUCACAAAGAAACGGCACUAUUUUGUGUUACGACGAGUAUACUCGUCACAAAGAAACGGCGCUAUUUUGCGUUGCGACGAGUAUACUCGUCAUGCGUAAAAAGUAGUUCGAAUUUACUGUUUAAAUUGCAAUUUUAGCGAAAGCUAAAAUGUAUUCGUAUAUGUUAAGAUGUUUUGAAUAUUUGCAGUCCAAGGCGAAAUAAACGAACAAACAAAAGAGUAAUUCUUAUGAAAAAACUGUAUAUAAAAUAGUUGUUCUUUCCUCUGUCUUUGUCCUCCGCGAUGGUUUCAUUUUAGGCACACACUUUUCAAAGAGGUCAGCUAACUGGUUAACGCACGAAUAUCUAUUAAUUCCCUGGUGUGUUAACGUUAGUUUCGUUGAAAGAGAAGAAUGUUUCUAUCUUUGGGCCGCUCUUAAAAUCAGGUGUUCCAAAUUUGACGCAAUUAUCCUACUCGUAAACGAAUGUGCCCAUGUGGAAAUAUAUGAAUGUACAAAAGAAUAAGACAAAGAAUUAUUAAGUAGAUGAAUCAUGUGAUAAAUAGAAGACUAAGGGUGGAAGGGAAAGAGAGAAAAUCAGAAUGAAAGAGGAAGGGAGAAAGAGCGAGAGACAGGGAAAUGAUCUGCGUCUGCGUUAAAAUUUCGGGGCGGCUGCAACAUGGGAUAGCGUCGCGGCGACAUUAGCUUGGCCGACGUCGCUCGGUUCCGACGUUCUCCGUCACGGUUGCGUCGUUCGUUUCUCCAAUUGCUCGCUUGUUGCAUCUCGUUGUGUGUCUUCCAUUCGGUUUAAAUUUCAAUCGUUCCAACAGCUACAAAAUAAAAGGAGAAACAAAAAAAAAGAUACUUAAUUACGUAAAUGAAAAUUUAAAUUAACCGUAGUGUAUUAACUGUUCGCGUUUUAGUUGCGUUUUGUUAAUAAGAAGGGAAAAUAAAAAAGUAAAAACUGUCGAUCCGUUAAAUGUGCUCGCUAGAACAAUCGUACGAAACGAGAGGAAUUUUCCAGUGUCUUUCACGAUCGAAAUGGUAGAUCGUAUUUGAAAAUAGAAACGGCCAUAUAAAUGAAAGGUAAACUGUCCGAUUCGAUCGAGCCGUCAUCGAAUGAUAAUUUCGUUCGAAUCCUAUGAGAAGAUCGAAAUUGCAAAAUAUGCUGCUGACUAAUCCACCAGCACACAGAGUCUUAAUUUUCCUUUGAUUCGAAGAACAUCAUUAAGGAUAAGCGGCGAUUUCCCGACAGAUUCUAAAAUCUCAAGGAUAAAAGAACGGAAGUCGUAAAGGAAGGCCAGAGAGGAUUUCUUCGAGGACUAAGCACAAGAGUGCAACAAAUUCUCAAAUAACUCUCUACACGGUUCUAAAGAUGAAGAACAAUACACAAAGAGAGAAAGAAAGUUUCUAACAAUAAGGCAAAGUACCAGAAAUAUUCGUCCAUACGUAUGUUCUUAAUCAUUUCUUCUUAACGAUUAAUUCUUUCUUCUCGAUGGUUUAAACAGCAUUAGCAAAGCGUGCAAAAAUGUAUCGCUCUUCUUUUCUCGUUUUCUCAUUAUCGUCUUAAUUUGCGGGAAAAUUCGUAGAACGAAAUUCGAAGGAUCGAUAUCGCGAUAUUUAAGGGAUUCCCCUCGGAAAACAUUUCUAUAUCUGGAAAAGGAAGAAGAGCCACGUUCGUUUACGCGGAAUUACCGUUGCGAGCAGAAUACUCGAACAUCGAAGAUCAUCGAAGAUAUCCCAUUAGGAUAAUUACUUAUCGAAGACCAGCCGGCAGACGAGCAACGACGAGAGCCGUUAAAAGACGAGAGAGAUAAAAGACGAUCAUGGAUUUCAACGCAUCGACCAGCUACUACGUUUGCGAUUUAUCGUCGUUUCAUUCCUAUUAUUCACGGCUGCACGGCUGGAUUUCUCUUUUCGUUUGUAUUUUCGGUUCGAUCGCUAACAUUUUAAACAUUCUUGUCCUGACCCGGCGGGAAAUGCGAUCACCAACCAAUAUAAUCUUAACGGGAUUGGCCGUGGCUGAUCUGCUCGUCAUGAUCGAUUACAUUCCGUACGCGUUUCACCUCUAUUUGUAUCGGCGAUCAAGAAGGGACACCUUCACCUAUGGAUGGACGAUUUUUGUGCUGUUCCAUUCGAAUUUCGCACAGGUUUGUCACACCAUUUCAAUUUGUUUAACUUUGAUACUGGCUGUGUGGAGAUACGUGGCGGUAGCAAGGCCGCAACAAAACAGAGAGUGGUGUAGUUACAAGAGAACUAUUUUUGCGAUUUCGAUCGCGUAUAUUUUCUGUCCUGUGCUUUGUAUACCCGUGUAUAUCACGACAGAAGUAAGACAGCAAGUAGAAGUUUUGGAUUCCAAUGGAAUGAGCAUAAAGUCUCGAAAUGAAAGUUUGAUCGGAAAUACAACAAACACUACCCUUUACUUUGUUCGAUUGACGGAGAUGGCAGAAAAUCAUGACAUUUUGAAGGAACUAAAUUUCUGGAUUUAUAGCGUGGUAAUAAAACUUCUGCCUUGCCUCGUCCUAACUGUCGUCAGCUUAAAGCUUCUGCAAGUUCUGUUGGAAGCAAAACGAAGGAGGCGAAAGUUAACCAAUAUUCAAGAACAACAGCUGGAAAAAAAGAAAAGUUGCCGAAGAGGGGACAAAGAGCGACAAACAGAUAGAACUACGAUGAUGUUGCUAGCAGUCUUGCUGCUUUUUCUACUCACAGAAUUGCCACAGGGAAUACUUGGACUUUUCAGCGUGCUUCUCGGUCCAGGAUUCUUCUCCACUUGCUACUUGAUGUUAGGUGAUGUUAUAGAUAUGUUAACGCUUGUAAACUCAGCUAUCAACUUCAUACUAUAUUGCACGAUGAGUAGACAAUUCAGGAAAACGUUUAACGAACUUUUCUGCAAAAACUGUAAAAUCCCCAGAAGCACUGCAAAACAGAUUUGUAUAGAAAAUAAUGGAAAUACAGGCACAAACCACACAGUGACGCAAGUAACGCAAGUAUAGUUAAGAAGGAGGUGGUGGACUCCUCCUUCUGCGAUGCUCUCGUCUACCAAACGAACAUCUGAUGAUUGUGAUUUUCAAAUAAGUAAAAUAAUUUAACAAUAAAAUUAGUGUUUACUCGU